AUGAGGGCUGUCAGUUUUGUGAAAAAACUACAGUGGGAUUUACCUGGUACUGUGUGUAGACAUGGAUUAACAAUAGGAGAUGUUGAUAACGAUGGAGAUAACGAAUUAGUCGUUGGUACUGCAGAGGGAGAACUUUAUAUUUUCAAAGGAUCAGAGUUAUGGCAAAAAAUACCUGGUCUAGGUCUAGUAACUAGUGUAGCAAUAGGAGAUAUUUUUAAUUAUGGGCGAAACGCGUUAGUUGUAAUUUGUGGAGAUGGCUGGGCACAUAUUUUUUACAGUCCAAGAUCUGUUAAUCCUAGUAUCAGUAAUGCAACUUCUACGUUACAGUCGACUAAGGAAACUAUUGAUCAAGAUAAUAUUAAGAGUAGUGUUAAUACAACCAGUUCCCCAAGUUCAGAUCAAAUUGAUGGCACUAAUGAAAUCGGUGAGCUGUCUGGAAAAAUGGAAUGUGUGCACGUACAAAGAAUUCCAACAAAUACAAAAGUGGUUUUAGUAGCAGACGUGGAUAAAGAUGGUGCUAAUGAGAUGAUACUUGGUUUAACCGAUCGUGUAGUUAGGUCUUACAGAUGGUCCAGCAAUUUAGAAUUAGGAAGAGGAAAGUUAGUUGGACUGAAUAAAUGGGAAUGCGCCAAUCAAAUAGGAACAGUCACAUUGCAGCAUAUGGCUGAUGGAACACCAACGUUAUUAGUUGCUCAACCGGGUGGAACGUUCAUGCGAAUUAAGUGCAACCCCGAGGAUUGUCACUUGGAAGACGAAGUUCAUCAAACAAAUAACGAAACAGCAGCGAGUUGCGUAGACUAUCAAACUUUGGGAAUAUCGCGAAUGCGUAAUCAAAAUAUUUCAACAGAAAUAAUAGGAGAUUUGGAAUCUGUAAUAGAGAAGCUAGAUUCAAGCGAAGUUCAGCACGAAAGAAAUGUAAAAUCCAUCACAAAUAAUCCACAAUUAGAAUUACGGAAAGAUAGCUUAGACGCGACAGGAGAACAAACAAGUAAAGCAAGCAAAACCUCUGACGACACUGAGUCUUCCAGUACGGAUCAAGUUGAUGGCAAUAUUUUGGGUGGCAAUGUAAUUCUUGGUGAUUACGAUGAGAAUGCAGAAAAAGAUUCAUUGUUACCCACAUAUAAAGAUUUUUCUUCGGAGGACAAUAUUGAUAACAAUAAUACAGAAGGUUUAAAAUCGAAAGAUAAAACCAAUGCCGAUGUAAACGUUGAUGCAAGCUCGUCCAUGCAUGGGAAACCUUACGCCCUUGCUACGUUAGACGGAACGAUAAUGCUAGUUAAAGAUGAAAUCAUUUUAUGGUCCAUGCAAGUAGCUCAUCAGAUAUUCGCUUUAUGUCGAUUAGACGUAACCGGUGACGGAAGUGACGAGAUAAUAGCCUGCGCGUGGGACGGGCAAACUUAUAUUUUGGAUCAACAACGAAACAGCGUACGUUUUCAAUUCGAGGAGCCGGUCAGAGCGUUCUGUACCGGUAAUUAUAACGUCACACCUGGGAUUUCAACGCCUUGCCUGGUGUACAACACGUUCAACAACAAGAUUUAUCUGUACUACGAUGUAACGCUUCCAAGUAUGGUCACCAAACCAUUGAAUCCCGUGGAAGAUUUAGAUCCUGAAGAAAAGAAAACGUUGGACGAUUUAUUGGGUAACUGCAGCGACACCGAGAGACAACAGAAAAUGCAACAAUUAACCGAAUGGCUAUUGUACGGGACGUCUUAAGAUUGAUUACAUCCCAUAAGAUUAUAUUGUAAAAGAUAAAGAAAAGAAAUAUAUGUAUAGAUUGUUA